CAACCGAAGAGGUGGACACUGGACUAUCAUGUUUGAUUUUUCCUCCAUAUCAAGAGAAAAGGAAUCUGUAAUACAAAUGGCAGAGCUGCGCAUCCGGAUGCCUGGGUUUUCAGGCCAACAGGUGUUUGAGGUGUUCCAUGAGCAUGAAUAUCCCUGCAGAAGGAACAAGACCUGCUUGAGUCAACUGCAUUUAGGCUCCCUGUCUGCUGUAUACCAGACAGGCUCUUCCUCAAGCUGGAAGGUUUACAACAUCACAGAACUGCUCAUAAACUGGUUUAAUCAAAAUGGCUCCAGUAAUGCAAAAGAGAUCAGAACUAACAACAGGAAGUCCUCAAAUAGGAAUGUACAGAAUACCUAUCAAGAAAUUAAACCAGCAACAUCUUUGAGAGAGCAACGACUGCAUAAUAAACAGGUAACUUCCUACACACUUAACAACAAUAUACUUAUACUUCUGUACACAAAAGUCACAAUGCUGGAACAUCUGGGGGGAAGUUCCUCCCUGCUAAGAACUGCACUACAUUCCAAGUAUAUUCUUGUACAUGAACAGCCAAAAAAGAAGAAGAAUUCUGAGAAGGCCAAAAGGCAUAAUCGCUACAGAAAACAGAAAGUAAAACUUGAUAGCAGCAGUCUCCCAGUUUCUGGAAAACCAGAUGAAAAGCCCCUUUGCCAGAAGGUAGACUUCUAUAUAGAUUUUGAGCAGAUAGGCUGGGGUUCUUGGAUUGUAUACCCAAAAAGAUAUAAUGCAUACCGCUGCGAGGGAUUGUGUCCAAAUCCAGUGGGGGAGGAUUUGAAUCCUACAAAUCAUGCCUACAUGCAGAGUUUGCUGAAGCAUUACUACCCUAAGAAAGUACCUUCACUUUGCUGUGUUCCAACCAGAAUGAGCCCACUUAGUAUGCUUUACUACGAAAAAGAAGUCGUGUUGAGUCACCAUGAUGACAUGAUUGUAGAGGAGUGCGGAUGCCACUGAUACCACAGGAGAAAACCUGCCAGGACCAUCACUUGAAGAUUCUGCUGCUUUAUACAUUAUAGGAUGUGAAGAAGCCACUAUUGUGUUUCCAUAGAAACAGUGGUCCUGCCUCCUGAUGCUGCUCACAGAACUGCAGUAUAAUGCACAUGUCAUGUAUGUGCAUAUUGUUAUACACUUCUGCAGAGGUAAUGGGCUGGUGCUAAGUAGGAGUUUGUAUAUUUGAGAAUAAUACCUUUACAAAUGCAUGCAACUUAAUGGUGAAUGAUGCAAGUCAGAUUUUUACUCACAUUUUCAGUCAGUAAAAAUACUGAUGCAUAGGCAACAGAAAGCUAAGGCUAUGCAAUAUGGCACUUCUGAGGAAUUGGGCAGCUCUGUCACAUGUAUAUUAUAUAGAAUAUUCCGGACGGCAAUGUUGUAGCACCUGUAUGUUAUGCAAAAGAUGAUCAGGUAUCAUGCUGUGAAACCCUUGAAGUAUAGACAAGAUUCUAAAGGUUAGUACUCUCACAAUCAAGGUGUUUUUACACUCACACAUACAGCACAGAGUGAUCUUGCUCCCAGAAUACCAUGCACAAAGUAUCAAAUCAGAGUGGACAAAACCAGAGCAUAGUAAGUGUGCUGUAUACUCACACCAUCUGCAUACAUUCUGUCUUGGAAUGGUCCCAUAUGACCAAUACAACCACCUUGGUAAUAAAAAUUAAAAAAAAAAAAAGAAAGCAAUUAACUCAGAAAAGACAAAAUUUAGGUCCUGGACAUCUGGACUUUACUUAGCUUAUAAAUUAGUCUGAUGAUAUUACUACAGAUUUAUAUAUUUGCGAGUCACAGAGCUCUUCUUAGCCCCCCCCCC